AGAAAAAAUGUCUCGCUGUUGUUGCAGAUUAUUUCUCACAAGUAAAAAUGUAAAUAAAAGGUUAGUCAGCUGACCGCUUUCCGUCGAUAAGCCCCGUAGUUGCGUUGCGGAGCUCAAUAUGUACGUGGCUACGGCCACCGCGGUUCGUGUGGAUUAUAUCGUCGUAUAUCAAAGAUGAACGUUCCGCUUUACGGAGUUGUUGCGGCGGUUGUCAUCCUCUUCGUCACGCUCUUUGGAUUGGGGACAAUUUGCAAAAUCAUCAUCGUUCUACUUGUCCUGUUAACUGGGAUACUAACAUCCAUUUAUGCUCGUUAUGCUCCAAUUCUUCCUGAUGAAAUCAAAGCCAGAAGAGAAAACUUAUACAAAAAGACAGACAAGCUGCGACAGCAACUCGACGACGCUUACAAAAAUAAAGUGAAGUUUACCUCUGACAGAAGAGUUACAGGGAGUCAUGUCAUCGAUGAAUCUUUACAGGAAAUACUGGACUUCAUUUUAAGAGAUCACGUAGAGCCAUGGUAUGGACGGUUAACGGAUGAUGAAGAAUUCCCUAAAUCCGUAAGGGAUACGGCUCAGAAGAUUGCCAUCAACUUAGCAAAUAGAGUGAAAGAUGUCGACUGGAUACCGUAUCUGACAACGCGUUUGGUUGACGAUGCAGCGUCACAUGUACGUCUCUACCGACAGGCCAGAGCUAAGAUGAAAAGUGGGAAAUUAUACAAAGGUGGUGGAAGUUCAAGCACCUCAGGAAGUACUCCGAAAAAGACUGUAACUCCGACGCAUCGUAGAAACAAGAGCGAGACUGAUAUCUCGUGGUAUUCACAAUCAAAAUUUUAUGUCCCAAACUUGGGAUCACUCACUGAACCUGGAACGGAACCAGUAGAAGAAAAGGAAGAUUCUUUAGAGAAAGUAUUCUUUGAUCUCGAAGUGCAGAUGGAGAAUAAUCUGAUAUGUAGAGAUCUCGUUUGCACAAAUGAGAGUCAGGAGCUCACAUUCCUUGCGGAAAUAUCAGAGAUUCUCCUAUACUUGUUGCUGCCGAAGGAAGAUUUCAACUGCCUCACUGUCAGGAUUAUCCUCCGGGAGCUUCUUGUCAACGUUGUCAUUAAGCCUAUGCUAAAAUUACUCUCCGACCCAGAUUACAUCAAUCAAGCAUGUAUAUGGUUGUGUACAAAAGAUAUGACACUACCUAGCGAAACCUUUUUAACCGUAAUUCGAAUAACGGAUAACCUGGAGGAACUGGCUGCCACCAAAGUUGUUGUAUUAAAAGAAAUCGCACAUUUGAGAUCUAAAGAUUCGGGCGGUGACAACGACUUGACAGUCAAGCAACGACUAAACAGCAUGCUAUAUGUGAAAAAGAUUCUUGAAACUAGGAUGAUAAGGAUGCAGGAGGGUCUCGAAAGCGAUCUGACAGAUGGUAUGAGUGCCCACCAAGAGUGGAACAGGCUACUAGUUCCUGGGCACAAGUUAGUAAACCUGCCACUGGACGAACUGUUGAAGAACAACAUAGCGCUCAGCUAUUACAUUGACUACAUGACGAGCAUUGGGGCAGAGGCGUACUUAUUCUUUUACCUGAAUAUAUAUGGGUGGAAAGUGUCAGCGGAGCAGCAAAUAUCUGAUAUAGAGCUUCAGAAGCUUCACGGCAACGGUGCGGAUAAUUCAAAAACGAAAAAUACUGAUUUGGAGAAUCUUAAAGAAGCAGCGGUAAAAAUUUACCAACAGUAUCUUAGCGAUAAGGCCUGCAUACGACUCCAGCUCGACGAUGCUCUUGUCAAAAUACUUGCCACCCGGAUAAAGUCCGAACCUGUACGUGAAACUUGGUUCGACGAUUUGCAGACCUGUUGCUAUGAGAAACUGCAGAAUGAGGAUAGGUUCCUUCCUGCUUUUAAACGUUCCAUUUCGUACGUCCGGCUACUCGCAGAGCUAGAAUUACUCAAGGAUCCAACUUCUGAAGAAGAUUCAAGAUCUUUGGAUAGCAUAAGCGUAUCAAGCUUCGGUAACGACCUCGAUGUACAACAAGGGGAGUUAAUCGACAUCCGCCGGGGAAACGAUGACUCAGGCAACAGAGUGAAGUCAAAUCCAAACUCUUCGACACAUCUGAUAAGCCUGGGUACGGAGUGUAGCGGUGGGAUAUCUGAUGAAACUGAUCUAGACUCUGAGGUGAACAUCGACAGCGAUGCAAGUGCAGAUGUCAAUCGGGAGGGGACAUUCGCAGAGCCCAAGAGAGUGACACGGGAUUUGAGCUCCGGUCCAGAGUCUGACGUGACGUUUUACUUGGAGCCGGAAAGCGAACGAUAUUUAAAGAUUGGCGACACAAUGAUGACUGACCAAAAUGCAAUAAAGAAGCUGGUGCAGGGGAGGUUUGACAUUUUAGCAGAGAUAAUUGAGACUGGUAUCGUUAAUGAUAAAGGUAAAACUUAUGGGAUUUACGCGGUGGCCGUGACUAAAAGGUAUGAUACUGGGUAUCAGGAAAAGUGGCACAUCUACAGGAGAUACUCUGACUUUCACGAUCUUCAUCAGAAAAUCAAGGACAAGUAUUACGAUUUAGCCAAGUUGCCAUUCCCAGCUAAGAAAGCCUUCCACAAUAUGGACCGUGCCGUUCUCGAGAGAAGAAUGACCAUGCUCAACAUCUGGCUACAACAGCUCACUAGACCACUCACUGUUGAUGGCCACUUGGGCCUCCAGUCCUUACUACUAACGUUCUUGGAGCAAGGAGAUUAUGACAAAGGAGUCACAGGAGGUCAUGUUGCUAGAACACUCGACACUUUGGUGAAUCCUUUGAAGACUUCAAUGAAGAAUAUGACGCAAGCAGUGAAGACGAUGCCUGACAAUAUGCUGAGCACAGUGGACGGUGUUAUGGACAACAUAAGUAAAUUCUUUGGAAAUCCAAAAAAGAACAGUAUGCUUUAUGAGAGUGUCAAAGUUGGAGCGAGUCUUGAUGUCGAGACGGACGAUAACAUUCCAUUGAGAAUAAUUUUGCUCCUAAUGGAUGAAGUGUUCGAUUUGAAAGUGAAGAACCAAUGGCUAAGGAGGAGAAUCGUUACGUUACUGAGGCAAAUAAUCAGAAUGAUGUUUGGCGACAUUGUGAACAGGAGGAUAGUGGAAUAUGUGUCACUUUUAACAAGUCCGAAAAACGUUGCAACGUAUUUGAAACUAUUCAAGCAUAGUUUCUGGCCAAACGGUGUCAAAGCAGAGGCUAAACCACCGCGAGAUGCAGAAAUGAAAAGCAGAACGCGAGUAGCAGCGAAGGUAGCGCUUUUAUCGUGUUUUUCAGAUGAACUCAAACAUAUCAUUGGUAGUGAAACGACUCGCCGUGGAUUGCUCAGAGUCUUUCAACUUUUUCAAGAACCUGUGCUUAAUCGAAGACUACUUUAUGUACUCCUGGAGGGUAUACUAGAAAAUUUGUUUCCUCAAAACGACUUGGUGUCGGUAAUUAGAAAAUUGUAUUCCUCGUCACCAAGGGUAAAAGUCAAAGACAAGGGGAAGUCUUGAUCCACGGAAAAAAUGAUUUAACUUCAAGUGAAUAGGGUGUCAAAAAAUAAUUCACAUGCAGUCAUGUAGCUCGAUUCUUAUAUUUGCAAGGAAUAGGUACAGAUAAGCAUUUCAUACGAAAUGGCAAAACUCCGUAUCUGUGAAUUAUAUAUUCGAAAGAAAAUUAGAAAAAAAUAAGUAUUAAUCUGUCUCUAUUUCUUACGCGUAAGGAAUCGCUUACAUCACUGCUUUGGAUAAAUUAGGAUGCUUUAAGAAAAUAGAUAUUACAACUAUUUCCCAACUCGAAAGCUGUGAAUCUGUCGUUUGUACUUCAAGAAUUGAGGUUUUUCACAUCUCGGGUGACAGAAAAACUUCUAAGAGCUCCUCAUUUUCUUCAUUCCUCAUAACUUUGCAAAGGCUAGUCAAUAUGCUAGUACUAUUUAUUUAUUUGGAAUCUCAAGUUUUGGACUAGAAACAAGAGAUUGAAGAAUUAUGGGAGAUAGAAACAAAAAAGUGAUUAUUUUGCAUAUGAUACAAUUGUACUUCGGUAACAAAAUACAAAAACGUGAAAAUUAUUAUUAAAUUACCAAAGAUCAACAUCGUUUCGAAAUCAUGGAAACUUAUAACCGGCAGCUAUAUAACGAGAACGGUAUUACGUGACUAACAAAGCUCAUUCGCAUGUGUAUGCCUGCGUAUUUUAAAUUUUCGAUUCAUCGUAAUCAUAUAUUAUUCAUAGGUAAUUACUAUUACCCACGUAUUAGCGAUCAAUGAAACAUUCCAAAGGUAUUUUAACGCUACGUACUCAUAAAUACGAGAAUAUAUUAUUUCGAAGGGUAAUAGGGGAGCAUCGCUCUGUCAAUCCCGGUGUUAAUCAUGAUACGCAAGUAUACUCUAGCCCGUGUAAAAAAAAAAACGAAAUAAAUAAGAACACACUUUUAAUUA